CAAUAAACCUAAAUGUUGCGUGGGUGGUGGAUAUUCAUUUGGGCGGCUGUCUGCGUCUAUGCACAGAAUACACUCUCACAACAGUCACAGCAACAACAGCAACCAACGUCUGCAAAUAUUAGCAGUUCUAAUAUUCAGCAAACAAUAUAUGAUGUCAUCGUUGUCGGAGCAGGACUUACCGGGCUCACAGCAGCCCGGAACAUCCAGCAAAAUCGACCAGGACUAUCCGUAUUAGUACUGGAAGCACGUGGUCAAGUUGGUGGCAGAAUUCGAUAUGCUACAAUGCAGACAAGAAAUGGUGUUGAAUUCGUAGAUACAGGAUCUCAGUUCAUUUCUCCAACGGACACCCAAUUAUUAAGUCUAAUUCAAGAAUUGAAUGUUCGUACAACACAACAGUUGACAUGUGGUAAUAAUACAGUAUUCCAGCAAACAAGGAAGAAGAGACAACUAUCCCUCCAACAGCAAUGGAGUACAACCCUCUUCACAGAUCUUAUCAAUUCGCCAGAAACUCUCGGAAAUCUUACAAAUACUUCAGUUUCAGCAAUGUCUCAGCAAAUGGACACUGCUGACGCAGAUUCGGUGAACCGAAUGAUGCAGACAUUUUUCGAUGCUCCCGGAGAACAAGUUCCAGAAAUUCAGCUGGCCCUGACGUGUUCCAGUCAAAAUGCGACAGCCGUUGAAAUUCUCCGGAGAUUUGGUCAUGGGCAGAGUCUUUUGGCACAAGGUGGAAUGAAUGAAGUCGUGAGAAGGCUUGCUGAUGGAUUAUUGAUUGAAUAUAGUCAACGUGUCGUUUCGGUUAAUGAUGCCGCCUUCCCAGCUGUGGUCCAAACAUCUGCCGGCCGAAGGUUCAGUGGCCGUCAAGUGAUUGUAGCUGUGCCAAUUCCGACACUGGAAAAUAUUGAGCUGGUACCAGCACCAGAAGCUCCCUUUCAGCAGCUUAUUCAAAACUACGGUCCAACAGGCCACGCCUACUACUUCACAAUGUCAUUCCAACGUGCCACGUGGCGGCUAAAUGGGCGGAGCGGAAAAGUGAUCUACACGUCGGCGACUGGUCCAUUGGUAUGGCUGACCACAUUUGAUACCACUUUUGCGGCGAGUUGUGACAACUCCACAUCAGCGUCAUCAACACUUUGGGGUAUCGCCCAUUUCUCCUACGAUGUUCCGUUCGAGACCCGCCGCAAAUUGUACACUCAGGCGAUUAUGUACUCGCUGAGAUUUGCUGAUUUUUCGCCAUUGGAUGUUAGUGACGUCAACUUUGCCACGGACGACUUGGCGAAAGGAACAAUUCCAACAUUGAAGCUUAAUAUUCCAUUAGAAUCCCUGAAAUAUCUCAACGAUUUCCAUACUUUGUACCAAAAUGUACAUAUUGCUACUGCGGAUAUUGCCUCGCACAAUUUGGGUACCAUGAACGGAGCCGUACACGCAGCUGGCUCUGUGAGCACAUAUGUGCUCCAAAUGCUCUCAGCAGCAGAUGCUCAAAGUAACGGAGUCCUUAGGGAUACACCAGUCGAGUCGACAACUCCAUACGUCUACAGUACCUCCUCACACUACCCACCAUCGCUUUUCGCGGCUCGAAAUGUGCAAAAUGACUCUGGAAAUAGAAAUACCACUGGAAACAAUUCUGUGAACUCUGGAAAUACUGGAAAUCAAACAAAUUUCCAAUAUGAAACUAGUUCACAGUACCCGACUACUGUAGAAACACCAACAACUACUACUAUGAAACAUUUCAGUUUUGGAAAUUUGGACAACUCCACAAAUGAAGAACCGGCUGCCGUGGCCUACGACAGCCCACAACAGGAUGCCCCACCAACAUUGAACUAUUCAACGACAUUUGCGUAUUCCACUUCAAGUGUAAUGCCACUAGUCGAGACGAUCGAAACGACAACUUUUAAACAUUUUAGUAACGGAAAUUUAGAUCAAAAUGCCACGUCAGCUGUUCAACGAGAUGUGCCAGCAGUUCUCGUAAAUCAACAGCAGAAUGGUUACGCCUACACGACAUCAACUCAUUAUCCAGUACAAUUAUCUUCAAAUCGAAAUAGAAUCGACUCACGAGCAACCCCAUCUCCACAAGUUGUGCAGGAGUUGCAACAAGUUUCAGCAAAUGCUUCCAACUCGACGGCUCUCCAAUUGGCGUCAAGUCUGACGCAAUUGGUGCAAACACUCUUACAGACUUUGCGUCUACAGUAACACCUGCACAUCUAACUUUUUUCCUGAAUUUUUAAAUUUUCCCGCCAAAAUACGUGUCGUUUUGAAAGCUUUUCGGUUUGCACCGCCCUUCUCUUGUUCUUCGAUAUUUUCAAAAAAGAUUUGAAAAUGUUUCGGAAAUUGUAAAAAUCAAUAAAUAUUGUUUUGCUUU